GCUUUCCGAAACCCCAGGAAAGAUUUGCUGUCUGUCCUGCUACUCCGUAUUUUCCCUUUCCACGUAACUGAAGGCAAUGAAAAUGAAAAGCAUGUACUUUGUGGUGGGGUUGCUUUUAAUGAUUGUACAAAGCAGCUGGCAAAGUGCCCUUCAAGAAACAGAAGAGAAAUCCAGAUUAUUCAAAGCUUCCCAGGCUGAACCAUUAGAUGACUCUAGACAGCUGAACGAAGUGAAACGUCACUCACAAGGUACAUUCACCAGCGAUUACAGCAAGUUCUUGGACACGAGGAGAGCUCAAGAUUUUGUAGAGUGGUUAAUGAGCAGUAAGAGAAGCGGACAACAAAGGCAAGAAGAGACAGAGAAAGAAAACCUGCUGGAUCAGCUUUCAAGCAAUGGACUCGCCAGACGUCACGCUGAAUACGAGAGGCACGCCGACGGUACCUAUACCAGUGACAUCAGCUCUUACUUGGAAGAGAAAGCAGCCAAGGAGUUCAUUGCUUGGUUAAUGAGCGGACGAGGGAGAAGAGAUUUGUCAGAAGGAACUGCUAAAGCUGUAAACAUUGCCAGAAGACAUUCGGAAGGCUCUUACAACAGUGAUCUCCAUGAAAUCCUGGAUGAUAUUGCUACCCGCGAAUUCGUGCAGUGGUUGCUUGACACAAAAGUGACUGAGAGGGACCUUUCGAAACAAUACCAAGGAGAGAAAGAAUAAACAUGGCAUAAAGUGAGAUCUUCACUACAUCAAAUACCUGCCAUUAGGGAAUUUUGAAACUUACAUUUCAGGACCCGUACCCUAAAGCCAAGCAGCUCAACAUACACUUUUUCACCCAGCUAUGGAAGGAUUUUAUAGAGAAUGUAAC